AAUUACCUCACCACAAGGUGGUAGCUUACGGUCCUUUGUUUGGGUUGUUAUUGAGAUUUCGUUUAUUUUAAAACGUUAAUUUUUAGGUUUAACAUUGAGGUUUGUGGUUUUAUUUUGCCAUUCAUUUAUAAUGGCUGUAAACUUAUUGAAAGUUACUGGCGGAUGGUGUGAAAAAGAUAAAGACAAGGAUGAUGAAUUAGCUAAAGAGCUUGAUAAAGUAAGUAUUCUGAAAGAUGAUGUUGAAGAACAAAAGAUUCCAGACACCUCUAAUAAUUCAGAGGAUAAAGAAGACACCAUUUCAAAAGCUGAAUUAUCGUUACUAUCAAAGAUUUCUAGAACCAGAUUAGUUACCACUAAAGCUGAUAUUGAAGUUCAGCAGAAGAAUCCAUAUUCGCCUCUACACUCAGUUAAAUCUUUUGAAGCACUAAAUUUGAAACCAAAUCUUUUAAAAGGCGUCUAUGAAAUGGGUUUCAAUGCACCUUCCAAAAUUCAAGAAACAGCUCUUCCAAUAUUGCUUGCUGACCCACCUCAAAACCUCAUUGCUCAAUCACAGUCAGGAACGGGCAAAACUGCUGCAUUUGUUCUUGCUAUGUUGUCAAGAAUCAAUCCUCAGUUGAACCAUCCUCAGGUGUUAUGCUUAUCUCCAACAUAUGAGUUAGCUGUUCAAACUGCUGAAGUAGCUACAAAAAUGGGUGUAUUUUGUGUUGAUACCCAUGUUAGGCUAGCUGUGAGAGAUGAAGUCUUGCCCAGAGGAACUAAAUUGAAAGAGCAUAUAAUCAUUGGAACACCAGGAAAAGUGCUUGACUGGUCUCUGAAGUAUAAAUUCUUUGAUUUAUCAAAGAUUAUUGUUUUUGUUUUGGACGAAGCCGAUGUUAUGAUUGCCACACAAGGUCAUCAAGACCAAAGUUUCAGAAUCAGGAGAGCAUUGGUUGAAGAAAAUUGCCAGAUUAUGCUCUUCUCUGCCACUUAUGAUGAUGAAGUUAUGGAGUUUGCUCAAGCAAUUGUUCCUAAUCCCACAAUUAUAAGACUUAAGAGAGAGGAGGAAUCACUCGAUAACAUAAAACAGCACUAUGUUUUAUGUGAGUCUGAGGAUGAUAAGUACAAUGCAAUAGCUAACAUAUAUGGUGGAAUCACUGUUGGACAAGCUAUGAUUUUCUGUCAGACAAGGCGUACCGCUGCAUGGCUUUGUGAAAAAAUGUCUAAAGACGGACAUGCUGUCGCAUUACUUUCUGGAGACCUAAGCGUAGAAAAUAGGAUGAAAGUUCUUGAUCGAUUCAGGGAAGGAAAGGAAAAAGUAUUGAUCACCACUAAUGUCUUGGCUAGAGGUAUUGAUGUGGAACAAGUGACAAUAGUUGUUAAUUUUGAUAUCCCAGUAGCAGAUAAAGGAAGGGCAGACUGUGAAACUUACCUUCACAGAAUUGGAAGGACUGGUCGAUUUGGUAAAAGAGGUCUUGCCAUCAACUUAGUGAGUAAAAAAGAGGCAGACAGCACGCUGAAGCAAAUCCAAGAUCAUUUUGGAAGGACUAUAUCACUUCUAGAUACAGAUGACUAUGAUGAAGUUGAAAAACUUAAUAGCUAGUGACUUUAUUUAGUUUUUAAUAUGGCACUAAUAUUUUCUCAAAGGUUUUCUUCUUUUAAAAAAAAUUUAUUGGCAUGUAUAAAUAAGUUUUUAAUUGUAAAUCUGUACUUCUUAUUUGUGAUCUGUAACUGAAAGAAAAGCAGUAGAUUUUUUAUUUUUACAUAAGUACAUGUUGUUCCUUAGAAUAUGAAUUGGACUAAGUAUUGUAAAUAUUUGUAAAAAAGCCAAAACAAAAAAUACCAAUUAACUUGGUAUAUAUAUCACACAAUGGGAAAUAAUGAUUAUUUUAAACAAGAUUUAAUAAUUUCUUAAUCAUUGGUUUAAAUUUUAAUUUCUUUAACUUAAUGAAUUAUUAGUUGACUAAUGUUUCAUUAAUUUUUUGUUAGUUCAUCCAUUUUUUUUAAGUUUCUGAUCAAAUGUGAUAUUCAAAAUCAAAUCAAUUAUGAGUAAUCAAUGUAUAAAGGAUAUACUAAUAAAAGUGAUUUUAUUGAUUA